AUGCUCUCCACUCUCCGCACAUGCGCACAGUCUGCGCGAGCGCAGUCUCGCUCGAUGGCGACCACCUCCAUACCCCAAGCGUCGACAACGGAGCCUCUCACCCACUACCGCAUCACACUCCAUCGCUCCGCAAUCGGUCUUCCGACGAGGUUCAAGGAUACGCUCGUCGCGCUCGGCAUCCACCGGCGAUUACAGACGGUCUACCACAGACAUACUCCGGAUAUUGCUGGAAAGAUCCUCAAGGUCAAGGAGCUCGUGACGGUGGAAAACGUCCCAGCUUCCGCCGUGCGGACGAAGUUGGAGCAGAGGCUGGAAAGGAAAGCCCCUCGUGGCUACGAGGUCACCGGGUCGAAGUUGACGGAGGGCUUUUAG